UUGAUCUUGUUUGAGUGAUAAUGAGUAAAUAGAAGCUCUACCACAUCAUAGAGAAGUUCAUCUGCAUGUGUUCAUGUUUCCUGAUCCUCGGAAACUCCGCUUUCACAUCCGGUUCCUUAGAAGACACAUGCAAGAAGGUGCAAGCAGGAGACCCCGACUCCAAAUACGAAUUCUGCGUCACGUCCCUGCAAGUCGUUCCCGAGAGUCGCACCGCCAACCUCUCGCAGCUCACGAUCAUCACGACGCAGCUGUCGAUAAAGAACUUCACGCACGCGCUGGGCGUGAUAGCGCAGCUGCUGAAGAACCAUAGCCUCUCGCAUUUGCAGAGAGAGGUGUUGGAGACUUGCCAAGAGGUGUAUAACUAUGGGGUGGACGCCAACAAACAAGCCAUCGAAGAUGUCAAAGCUGGUGAUAUCUUCAGCGCUUCGUCGAACCUGUCUGCUGCUGCUGACGCGCCUGUCAACUGCGAGGACGCAUUUAGCGAGGCCAAGGAGGCAUCUUUGCUACCCAGAGAGGAUGAUUUAGCGUCUAAGAUUAGUAAUCUUGCGUUAGGUAUCUUAGCUUUGUUAAAGUCUUAAGUCAUCUACUCCGUGAGGUAUUAGCAUGUAAUGCAAACUGUUUACCUGGUAGUUGGAAUGCAGCAAUAAUUUACCCAUUUAUCUAA